AACGCAAAAUCAAAGAAACUGUGCAUCAAUCAUUGCUGCAACCCAAAUCCUUGUGCUAAUGGAGGAACGUGCAUUGAAUUGUGUGGUGAUGCGAAAGUAAAGUUUAACUGCACCUGUCCCACGGGAUAUUUUGGCAGAUUGUGUCAUAAACAAAGACCUACAUCUUGCAAGGAACAAUUAGAAAAUGACAGACGCAAAAAUUCUGGUGUUUAUCAACUGUUUGAUCCAAGUACCAACUCAUUGUACCAAGUCUUUUGUGAUUUUAGGUCAGCUGAUUCCAUCAUCUGGACUCUGGUCGAGUCGUUUAGCUUCGGUUGUAAGUUGGAGUUCACGAAUAAAACAUUUUUAAACGAUUACCCGGUAAACCAACAAGCCUUCACCUGGAAAAAGUUCCGUUUAUCCUGGUUACGGAUGAAGACCAUAGCAGACCACUCGACAAAUGUGCGCGCAACAUGCAACUUUGACACAGAUGGUCUUAACUACACCGAUUAUUUACGAGCCAAGUUUAGCGAUAUUAACGUUAUGCAUUUCAGUGAUCUCGAUUGCAAAAAAUUCGAGUACAUCAAUAUCAGAGGCCACGACUGCAUUAACUGCACUGCUUACUUUGGACAAAAUGAACAUUGGCACGCUCAUAUUGAUUCCUAUUUCGGAAUAGCGAAGUGCCAGCUAAAUAGCACAGGGGCGAGGCCCUACCCAGGAGGGGAGGAUAAUUUUGGUUGGUAUCAAACAGUUAAUCCUAUUCACAGAUGCACAAGAAACGACACUUCUACUACGCAGUGGUGGUUUGGUGAAACAUAG